AUGAAGAACACGAAGUUUGCGAAAGCGUUGGUCUCCUCCGACCGACACACGCGCGAUAAAACCUUCGAACGAUUGAGGAAGUGGCUGUGCUCUCAGAAAUCGCUGGACCAUCUGUCCACGAAGAAAGUGUGGAAGGCUUUGUUUUACGCCAUGUGGCACUCGGACGGGAGAGAGGUGCAAAGAGAAUUGGCGACGUCCAUCGCGUCCGUGAUGCACUCGUUGAAACCACAGAUGGCUAUUUUAUACGCUUCGGUGUUCUUUUGGACGAUGCGAAACGAGUGGGCCGGCAUCGAUAAACACCGGUUGGACAAGUAUUGCGUGCUGGCGAGGCAGAUGCAGAAGCACGUGUUUCAGUAUAUGCAACGGAGAGAUUGGGAAACAAACGUGAGUCAGAACGUGGCGAAUAGGGUGUACAGAGAUGCUUUGUUUGGGGAAGAUGAUCAUAUCACCGCGAUCGAUGUGGGGAUUAAGUUACACGUGGCGGAGGCGUUCGGCGAGGAGAUUCGAAGGUUCGACUUGAAGGAGAAUGAUGAAAAGAAGAAAAACAAGAGCAAGAAUGGCAAGCGCAGUAGCGAUGGAGAGAGUGAUUCGGAUGACGACGAUGAUAAAGAAAACGUGGACGUCACCGAUGAUGAGGACGAUUUCGACGCCGGGGAGGCGCCUCCGCAGGAAAUUAUCAAAAUGCUUCUCGUCGCGUUCAUGCACGGCAUGCGACAUGAAACAUCGUUUAGCUUCCUCAAACGGUGCGCGAGCGAUGUGUUUGACAUGUUUUGUCCGACGAACGUGGAUACACGAAACGCGCCGAGGAACAAAAAUGGGUGGGUGUUGAACGCGACGCAUAUUAAAGACUUGGCGAGGGUGGCGAUUGAGCUCGGCGCUGGGAACGGUUGUCCAGAGACGUCCCGAGAAGCGCUGUACGAGUUACACACGGACUUAAAGAAAGCAACUGCGGUGGCAGAGAAAGCGCCGUCGAUUGAGUUGAAGAAGGAUCAAAAGUUGACGAUUAAAGUGGCGAAAAGAAUCAUGAGCGAGGAGAAAUCUUCGUCAUCGAGUUCGUCAUUGUCGUCGGAGGAAGAAGAUAAAGAGGAAAAAGCCACCACUAGCAGUAACAAGAAAAAGAAGAAGAAGAAACGCGCAGAGAUUCGCGUCAUUGACGAUGAAGACGAGGAAGAGCAACCGGAGAAGAAGAAACAAAAGAAGAACAAAAAGAAAGCUGAAAAAAUAUUCGAGGAAAACCCGUUCGAGAAGGCGCAGCAAGAAAAACACGCGUUGGCAGUAAAAGUAGCACCGGCAGCAGUAACAACAACAGAGGAAGAUGCUGCUGAUGACGACGAGAAGCAUCCGCCGAUGAAUGGUCACGUCAUCUCCGCUCGACGCGCGUUGAACUUCAAACCGAAGAAGUACCAAGAUAAAGGAAACAACGAUUCCCCUUCUUCCUCGCCGUCCGCCUCGCCGUCAAAAAGACUAUCGUGGAACCUCAAAGGCAUCACCCGGUCCUUCCCGUCCGGCGCUAUCGAUACUUCCAGAGGUGUCCAAAACAUUAAGAUGUCCACACCAACGAAAGGAUUACUCAAGCCAAUCCACGCGAUCGGUAAAGGCUCGCCCUCGGCGUUUGUCAAAUCGAAAUACUUCCCCGGCCCGCCGGCUUCGGCGCCCAUGCAACGAAGAGCCCAGUCCAUGUACUCCGCACACGACGAAGACAGCGACGACGACCAACGAGAAGACCACAUGAUUCUUGGCAUUAAGAAGAAUACCGAGAAACAUCAAAAUCACUCGGGAACAACCGCCGUCGGGGAGAAGAAGAAAAAGAAAAAGAAGAACAAAAACAAGAACAAAAAGAAUAGCAACAGAAGGAUGACGAUGUGA